AUGUCGGCUACAAACACAAUGCUGCGCCUAGCCACCAAGCGCUCUCUCGGUGCAGCUCGUCAGCCGGCGAGAUGCGCUCAGCGCGCCGCAUUCUCCUCCUCUGCUAGACGGGCUGCCGAGAAGGAGGAUGCGCAGGAACUCAGAAAACCACCUCCGGAUUUGCUCUCCGAGCUGCGAAAGACACCUCGAUUGCCCGCAGGCAAGCUCUCCGCGCCGAUUGUCAACGAUACCGACAAAUAUGCCGACAAAGCUCUCCCUCUCCACGAAUAUGGCCAGUACCUCAUGUCCUGCCUCCCGAAAUACAUCCAGCAAUUCUCGGUCUGGAAGGACGAAUUGUGCAUUUACAUCACUCCCGGCGGUGUCAUCCCGGUCUUCACCUUCUUGAAAUAUCACACCGCGGCCGAAUACACGAUGGUUGCGGACAUCACGGCCGUUGACUUCCCUACCAAGAACUAUCGAUUCGAAGUCGUUUACAACCUCCUCAGUGUACGGCACAACUCGAGAAUAAGGGUUAAGACGUAUGCAGACGAAGCGACUCCUGUGCCAUCAAUUACCCCUCUCUACGAUGGAGCCAAUUGGUAUGAGCGAGAGGUAUACGACCUUUUCGGCGUCUUCUUCACAGGCCACCCUGAUUUGCGACGGAUCAUGACGGACUAUGGAUUUGAUGGACACCCAUUGCGCAAGGAUUUCCCCUUGACUGGCUACACGGAGAUUCGAUAUGACGAGGAGAAGAAACGGAUUGUGGUCGAACCACUCGAGAUGACGCAGGCCUACCGAAAUUUCGAGGGUGCUUCAAGCGCUUGGGAACAAGUCGGAACGGGUAUGGAUCGAAAGCCGGAACAGUUUAAAUUGCCGACGCCGAAGCCGGAAGAGAAGAAGGAAGAGAAGAAGUAG